AUUGGAGGCAUCGACGUUCACGACACCCUCUCGUUGGUGGUUCGGUCGCUGCCCUUUCACUCCCUCGACGAGUCCGUCACUUCACUUUCUCAGAAUCAGAACACCCCUCUUAUACACAUACUAGAGUACAUCUCCAUCGACGCUCGGUCUUUUGCUCUGAAUCUUUCUCAGCUGCCAAACGUCCCUCUCAGCUCUCCCUAAAUGGAAGCCUCCACUCUCUCACGAAUCGGUCUCGCCGGCCUGGCCGUCAUGGGCCAAAACCUAGCUCUCAACAUCGCCGAAAAAGGGUUUCCGAUCUCCGUUUAUAAUCGGACGACCUCCAAGGUGGAUGAAACGCUAGAUCGGGCGCACCGCGAAGGCCAUCUACCUCUCAGUGGCCACUACGCGCCUCGUGACUUCGUGCUCUCCAUCCAACGGCCUAGAUCCAUUGUUAUCCUCGUCAAGGCCGGCGCUCCCGUCGACCAAACCAUUGCUGCUUUGUCUGAGCACAUGGAGGCCGGGGAUUGUAUUAUUGACGGUGGAAACGAGUGGUACGAGAACACCGAGCGCCGGAUUGUGGAAGCUUCUGGCAAGGGUAUUCUGUAUCUGGGCAUGGGCGUCUCCGGUGGCGAAGAGGGUGCGCGCCACGGCCCGUCGUUGAUGCCCGGUGGAUCUUAUCAGGCGUAUCAGAACAUCGAGGAUAUUGUGAAGAAAGUGGCUGCUCAGGUCGAUGAUGGUCCCUGCGUUACCUAUAUUGGCGAAGGGGGUUCGGGGAAUUUCGUGAAAAUGGUGCACAAUGGGAUUGAAUACGGCGAUAUGCAGUUGAUUUCGGAAGCCUACGAUGUGUUGAAGAACGUUGGAGGGUUGUCGAACUCCGAAUUGUCUGACAUUUUCGGUGAAUGGAACAGGGGAGAGCUUGAGAGCUUCCUGAUUGAGAUUACAGCUGAUAUUUUCAAGGUGAAGGACGAGCAUGGAGAUGGGGAAUUGGUGGAUAAGAUUUUGGAUAAGACGGGGAUGAAAGGGACCGGAAAAUGGACAGUGCAGCAGGCCGCGGAGCUGUCCGUUGCAGCACCAACUAUUGCAGCCUCUUUGGAUUGUAGGUACUUGAGCGGCUUGAAGGAGGAACGAGAGGCUGCAGCUGGGGUUUUGAGCGAGGCGGGGUUGAAGGAUGAGGUGGAGUUUGCCAGGAGUGGGGUCGAUAAGAAGAGGUUGAUUGAUGAUGUGAGGCAGGCAUUGUAUGCCUCAAAGAUUUGUAGUUAUGCUCAGGGAAUGAAUCUGUUGAGGGCGAAGAGUGUUGAGAAGGGUUGGAAUUUGAAUUUCGGGGAGUUGGCAAGGAUUUGGAAAGGUGGGUGUAUCAUAAGGGCAGUGUUUUUGGACCGAAUCAAGAAGGCAUAUCAGAGGAAUCCAAAUUUAGCAAGUUUGAUUGUGGACCCUGAGUUUGCAAGGGAGAUGGUGCAGAGGCAGGCAGCAUGGAGGAGAGUCGUGGGCUUGGCGAUUUCUGCAGGGAUUAGUACUCCUGGAAUGUGUGCUAGUCUUGCUUAUUUUGAUACAUAUAGGCGUGCAAGGCUUCCUGCAAAUCUUGUGCAGGCUCAGAGGGACUUAUUCGGGGCACAUACUUAUGAGAGGAUUGAUCGCCCAGGCUCAUUUCAUACCGAAUGGACAAAACUUGCUCGAAAGAGUGAUGCUGGUUUUGCUACCCUGAAAUGAGAAUUUCUGUUGCUGUCACCCAUGUUUGUUCCAAUUGGAUGUUAUUUAACUUUCUAUUCGAAUCCGGGUUGUAUUUCUUGCUGAGUAGUCCUUUGAUUAGGCAGUGCAAUUGGUGUUAGACCUUGCAGUUCUUCAGCUGCUAAUAAGUAGUGCAUGCCUUUUGAGUUAUGCUGGCCAAAUGAAUGCCAAAUGUUUUCUUUCCCUUCCAGUAGAGAAGAUAAAGAGUUUCCUGUCCUCUUCUUAGUAUUUUACCUUUAACAUGUCUUUGAUUUGCAUAUUGAUAGAAGUGUUCAUGUCUAAAAUUAAGUUGGUGGUUGUUGCAUA